GGCUUCGCGGGCUCCUACUCCAGCCCCUACCCUGCCUACAUGGCCGACGUGGGCGCGUCCUGGGCCGCGGCCGCAGCUGCCUCCGCCGGCCCCUUCGACGGCCCAGUGCUGCACAGCCUGCCGGGCCGGGCCAACCCCGCUGCGCGACACCCCAACCUCGUAGAUAUGUUUGAUGACUUCUCAGAGGGCAGGGAGUGUGUCAACUGCGGGGCCAUGUCCACGCCACUGUGGAGGCGCGACGGGACGGGACACUACCUAUGCAAUGCCUGCGGCCUCUACCACAAGAUGAACGGCAUCAACCGGCCCCUCAUCAAGCCCCAGCGCAGGCUGUCCGCCUCCCGCCGAGUGGGCCUGUCCUGUGCCAACUGCCAGACGACCACCACCACGCUGUGGCGCCGCAACGCCGAGGGGGAGCCCGUGUGCAACGCCUGCGGCCUCUACAUGAAGCUCCACGGGGUCCCCAGGCCUCUUGCCAUGCGGAAAGAGGGGAUUCAAACCAGAAAACGGAAGCCCAAGAACCUGAAUAAAUCAAAGACACCAGCAGGUCCUUCGGGCAGCGAGAGCCUUCCGCCCACCAGCAGCGCUUCCAGCAGCUCCAGCAAUGCCACCAGCAGCAGCAGUGAGGAGAUGCGCCCCAUCAAGACAGAGCCCGGCCUGUCCUCUCACUACGGGCACAGCAGCUCCAUGUCCCAGGUGCGCCCGCAGACAUUCGCGGUCAGUGCUGUGUCUGGCCAUGGGCCCUCCAUGCACCCUGUCCUGUCCGCCCUGAAGCUGUCCCCGCAAGGCUAUGCGUCUCCUGUCAGCCAGUCGCCGCAGGCCAGCUCCAAGCAGGACUCUUGGAACAGCCUGGUCUUGGCUGACAGUCACGGGGACAUAAUCACUGCAUAAUCCUCCCCUAUCCUCAAGUUCCUGCACGGACCUGGGACCUGGGGGUCCCCUGGGUCACCCUCUGUCUGGGAGUGACUCUGGAACAGCUGGGAAGAACUUGAAGCCAGUGAUGGCUUGGGGAAGUGGAGGCUGGAUUUCCUCAGGCGCCUUCGGAGCGGGCACUAGAAGGAGAAGCCCCUGACAUGGAGCGGGGCCUACAUGAAGACUUCUUUCCUGUUUCCACCCUGACUGGGACAGGAUGUCAUCCGCCCCUGCCUCCCUCCACUGUGUCCCCAGCACCAGUGCUGGCAGGGCAGUGCCCUGGGACCCCUGCAGCCAGCAGAGGGCCUCUGCCACUGUUGCAUGGGAUGACAGCCGCUUUGGCAGUCCCUGCCCUCACCCAACACUCCCUGAGGCGCGUGCAUCCUUGCACCCUCCAAUACCAGAUCCGACUCCAAGAUUCCUGGGUGCGACACCCGAUUGCUUCCUGGGCCGUUAGCCACUGCCUGGGCUAGCACCAUCCAAGCACUACUCGGCAGGGCCUCCUCAUCUCUUCCUGGUGGAGGCCUCCUUCCUCCACACCCCAGGACCUCUGACGUGAAAACCCCCAUGCAAAAAAGAAGUCAGUGAGUGCCUGGACAGCACCCUCAGCCCGCCCCCAGCUCCUCCUCUGUUCAGCCAUCACACACAGCCAGAGAGUCCAGAGGAGCAGCAAACCCCUCUCCUGCUAAGGCAGCUUUGGCGGCUGCUCAGCUGUGCUCAACCUCCUCUGGAGGGGCACUGAGUGGGCACGGUCCUGCUCCAAGGAGGACUCCUUCCUGCCUGCCUUUCUGCCCCCAAGCCUCUGUCUCCUGGGGCCUGGGCUGGCACGCUAGACUUUGCAAGGUAAAUCAGAAAGCAAGCAAACAACAAAGCGAAGCUCAUGGAAAGAAAGAGACCAGUGUGGGCACUGAGGGGACAUGAGUGCGGCUUGCGCCUCCCCUGGAGUGGUCUUCGUGUGGCCUGCACUGGGCUCAGGAGGACUUCUCCCUUAACCCUGUUGCCACAGAGCUGUAGCUGACUGUGGCAUUACUUCAUCCUUCCCCAAACACCUGGCCCUGCCCCUGAGCCUUACUGGCCGUAGCAGAGAAUAUCUUUGAAGCAAAAUUCUGUUUUAAUCAUCAUUUACACCGUUUUUCUCCCUAAAGGCCUCCCUCCUGUGCCUCCCUAACCCACAAACCUGUUAACAUUGUCUUAAGGUGAAAUGGCUGUAAAAUCAGUAUUUAACUAAUAAAUUUAUCUAUAUCCCUCUG